AUGGGUAAAUGUUCGAGGGAGCCCAAAAACCCCACAAAAUCUUGCAAAGCCAAGGGCUCAAAUAUCAGAGUUCAUUUUAAGAAUACAAGAGAGAUUGCGCAUGCAAUUUGGAAGUUGCCUUUGGUCAAGGCAAAAAGGUACUUGGAGGAUGUUCUUGGUCACAAACAAGCCAUUCCAUUCACACGCUUCUUUCGUGGAGUUGAGCGUAUUGCCCAAGCAAAGAGUCGCCAUUCCAAUGGACAAGGACGUUGGCUUGUCAAAUCAGCAAGAUUUAUUCUUAAUUUAUUGAAGAACGCCGGGAGUAAUGCAGAGGUGAAAGGUUUGGAUGUGGAUUCUUAUAGCGUGUACAUGUUGUAGAGAGACCCUUGAAGAAGUUAAAUGAUGCCUUAUUCACUUGCUAGUCAAUACUCCAAAUUUUGAAAUAUGUUGUAAUUGAGCGUAGAUGAUACCCACGGGUAGAUGUACCCGUU